AUGGCCGACCUGACGGCGGCACUGUGGGACUCCAGGGGCGGCUCUGCGGCGAGGGAAGGGCGGGCGUGCUGGCUGCGGGUGGCCAAGGGCCAGAACGAGCGCGAGGCGACGGCAGAGGGACACGGCGACUCGGGCUUGCCGCAACGGGGCGUGAAGGCCACGGCGGGCGGAGCUGGUAGCCCCGACCAGCAGGACAGGGUGCAGCAGAGCACGGGGCGGGGCUCGCGCGCGGCAGGUGGGGCGAGCAGCAGCGGCGGAAGCAGCAGGCAGAGUGGCGCAGCAGGGGACGACAACGGUCAUGGCGGCGACAGCGGCUGGAGGUGGGCGCGCAAGGGGGGCACGGCGGACGCUGCUAUCGGGAGGACGGCGGUGCGCGAGUACGUGCAUCGGGCGUGGCCGGGUCGCACGGCGCGAGCGGCGACCGCGGCGGAGUACGAGAGCACAGAGGGGGAGGAGAGGGGAGGCGCAACUGGCAUGGCGGCUCACCGCGAAGCUGUAGGGAGGGGGCAGUGGGCUCAAGGCGGCUUGGGGGUGGCCGGAGUCCGCAACGGCGAGGCCAACGACGUCGGGGACGAAGAGGUCGAGGGCGGCGUCGGUGGGGACGAGGCGGUCCAGCGAGUGGGGCUUCCGGGAGGAAGGCGAGGCGUCCAUCGAGCGACGGGCGGCGACGAGGAGGAGGUUCGGUGA